AUGUCUCAAUCAUUGACUUAUAGUCAACGUAAUACAAAAUGGCAAAAAAAGUCAUUAAUAACAUAUGAUUGUUCUAUCUGUUUGUCAACUAAUACACAUCAACUUCUUGAAUUACCAUGUGGUCAUAAUUUAUGUUUAUCAUGUCUUCACAUGAUAUGUGCUCAUUCCACAUUAGCUUGUCCAUUUUGUCGUUGUCGUCUUUCGACAUGGCUUCGUCGUAAUCCUGAUUAUUCAAAAUUAAUUAUUACACGACAAUCAAACACAGAGAUUUCAACGAAAAAAAUGAAUAAACGAAAGUUAAAAAUGAAACCAACAUUUGAUGAAAAUGGUAAUAUAUCAGAUGAUUGGUUAUUAGCUAAAAAUAUUCAACAUGAAGAAAUUGACAAAUUUCGAUAUAGUUAUGGUCGAAUAACUCGAUCAAUGGCUAAAAAGAUGGAAACAUAA